CUCUCUCUGUUGCGUAUGGAGAAGAGCUGUUUUGUGUGAAAAGUCAGCGACUCUCUCUGUCUCUCUCUCUCUUCAAAACCAUUCUCUCUUUUGUUUUUGAGAAGAACAAUCAGUUUCAAUCUUCAAAAAACUUGUUCCUUUGCUUUUCUGCUUCCUAAUAACCAAAACCCAUCUUCCCAGAACGCCUAGUUUUUGUUUUUUCAUUGCUUAAUCAAACACCCAAAUAAGAAAACCUAAAACUUGCAUGUGUUUUACGUCUGUUGGGUGCAAAAAGAUCAAGAAGAAGAAAAAUCCCUGACAACCCUCCAAAUGACACUCUUCCUCUUACACAUGCUCUUGCUUUUGCAUUAACAGUAUGUGUAGCUUGUUUAUGCCAAGGAUGGACAAUUACCAAGGUGAUUUAACCGACAUAGUCCGAGCCAGCGGAGGAGCAUACGGCUGCGGCAGCGGCCCUGGCGCUUCCGAACCAAUUCCCGAUUGGCAGUUCCCUUCCGAUCCCAUGAAUUUCUCGCCCGCCAUCGAAGAGCCCAGAGACAAUUUCGGCGAUCCAUUCGGCUACAUCCGAGAUCCGCUUCUUCACGAGCUUGAUGUAUCCAGUUCCGGCUUCUUUAGCAGCCCCAGUUCUGCCGAAAUGAUGGGUACUGGUACUGCCAGCGUGGACGACAAGGGUGGUUUUUGUGGUGGUGGUGCUGCUACUAGUACUACUACUACUGUUCUUGCUCAAAAGAAUUAUCUUGACCAUGAAAUGAAAAGGCCUUGCAAUAUAUUUUCUCGCAUGCUUCAGAUCUCUCCUAAUGCAAAGUUGCCUGUCUCCCCACGUCAUUCGCCGCCGGUGAUGGCUGCUUCUUCGCCGAGGGCAAUUUCUCACAUGAUUAAUGCUAACAACACUUCCAAAGAUUGCUUUGUCGACCACACCGCCGGCGUGCAGAUCUCGCCCCCAAGGAAUCCGGGAAUUAAGCGAAGGAAGAGCCAGGCAAAGAAGGUGGUGUGUAUUCCAGCGCCGGCGGCUGCAAACAGCAGGCCUACCGGAGAAGUAGUUCCAUCUGAUCUGUGGGCAUGGAGAAAGUACGGUCAGAAACCCAUUAAAGGUUCGCCGUAUCCAAGGGGCUACUAUAGAUGCAGCAGCUCAAAGGGAUGCUCGGCAAGGAAACAAGUGGAGCGGAGCCGGGCUGAUCCGAACAUGUUGGUAAUUACCUACACAUCUGAGCACAACCAUCCAUGGCCAACACAGAGAAAUGCUCUUGCUGGCUCAACCCGUUCCCAGCCAUCAAAGAACAACGCCACAGCUACAAAGAAGCCAACAAGCCCAAAGGAAGAACAGAAGGAGAGCAGCAAUGAGGGCAAUGUGUCUCCGACUGUAACAACAAGUGCAUGUGUUAAGGAAGAGAUUGAGGACAUUGAGAAGCAGCUGGAGAUGGAUGAUGCAGAAUUCAGUACUACAGAAGGGUAUCCUUACAGGCCAGCAAUGCCAGGGUCGUCAAGCCAGUCUGAUCAGGACUUCUUUGCUGAUUUAGGAGAAAUUGAGGCUGACCCUUUAGAUCUCUUGUUCACCCAAGGGUUUUCAGGGGAUCACGUGCAGAAAGAGAGCAAGGCAAUGGAUCCAUUCAGUCUCUUUGAUUGGUCAGGUGAUCAUCACAGCAGCAACACCACCAACUCUUUUGGAGAGGCUAAGAGGGGUUUAUAACAAGACCUUGAAAGCAAAGCAAAUUCAAUUCCCCAUAGUAAUGCUAGCUAUUUGACAAGGUCCUGCUAUAAACCUACUCCUGCUGUUUGAAUAUUUCACGUCAGGGAGAUUUCUACUUUCAACCUUUUGUUUUUGUUUUUCUUGUUAUUUACCAGAACAGUCAGGAGAUUAGGAAAAAAGAGUAAAAAGACAGUGCUGGUUCACUGGGAGCAAACUCAUGAGUCCCACAUUCCUUUUGGAAUAUUGGUGGAUGGGACAGAAAGCUGAGGAACAGAAGGUUUCUACAGUUAAAAUAAGUACGUCCAUCAAAGACAUGACUGGAAAGCUCAGUGAGGAGAUUGACAUAAAGAUGGGACUUGCCUUUCAUCUUUUUGAGUGGGAAAAAUUAUGCAAGCCCACCCUCUUCUCAUGUGGGUGGGCUGUCUUAAAAACAACCAUGCUUUUUAAUUGCUUUCUGAGAGGAAAUAAACGAAAGAUGACAAAAGAAUAGAAAAAAAAAAAAAAAUUAUUAGGAAAGCUUGACUUUUCUUAUCAAUCUUCUCUAGGGAUGUAUAAAAGAGAAAGUACAUGCUUCGGGUUCCUCAGCUUUCUGUUUCUUAUAUUAUCCAAUCCAACUUGUGUUUGUUUUUUAUUUUUACUUCGAGUGUAUUUGUAGUUUUUAAUUUUUACUAUUAGACUUAUUUUCUAUA